AUGGGAAAGGGCACAUUUGGGGUCUUUGAGGCGGUUGUGAAUUGGAAGUCCUUGGAGGCCGCAUUUGUACCGCAGUUGUAUGCGGAAUGCUGGCCGCUAGGAGCCUUGGUUGGCGGCUACAGCGAUGCAGAGUGGCUCUACGAUGAGGUCUUCCGGCAACACCCGGUGGAUGCCCUGCGGGACUCCUUCGCCUUCUUGGGCUUCAAGCCACGCCAUGAGGGCGACUGGUCUUCCACUUCGGUGGAGGAGAUCUCAUUGGUGUAUCGACGGAUGUGCUUACGUGGGCAUCCCAGUCGUGGAGGGUCGCCCAAGGACUACCUGAAGCUCCAGGUCGCGAUGGAGCUCAUCAAAGCCUUCUGCGGAGAUGCCGGGCCAUCCCCCAAACAACCUUUCCCCCAGUCCUCCCAAUGCACUCAGCCUGUUCAGUGCGCCGUGCACGUGGACCUCGAUGAGGUCCUGAGCGACUUGACCUUGGCGCACGAGCUUGAGCUCAGCAGUAAGGAGGCGGAGGAUGAGGCUAACCACCUCAGCACGGAGCACCUGGAGGAGCUGAACCGGGCAUUGGACGAGUACAUUUUGAGGCAGAUGUGUUUCAAGAGCGAGAUCGUGGAUGAAAUCGCACGCCUUCACGAGGACUCGGCCUAUGCGAUUCUGGGCGUCUCCUCGAGCGCUACAGAUGCUGAGAUCAAGAAGGUGAGGAAUGCUACGAACGGAGCAAAGGGCAUCGCUGCUAGUAACAAGGGCAUACUACUAGUAUCAAGAAUGCUACUAGUAGCUCCUGGCAUUACUACUAGGAACAAGAAGCUACUCGGAACAAGGGCAUAG